UACAAAUUUAUUUUGUAAUGGUGGGUCACAUUGCUUAUGAUUUAUGGCAUCGUUUAUUCCUUUAUGUCUUCUUCAUUUUCUGAUCUGUCUGCUUUUUUCCAAUGGUACCCUGGGAGCCUUACGGCCUCGAGGUGUAUCAUUACCAAGAAAGGUAUUCUAUAAUCCUGCUCAUCACUUUCGAUGUUUAGAUGGAUCUAGUUCAUUUCCAUUCCAUUAUGUCAAUGAUGACUUCUGUGACUGUGAGGAUGGAUCUGAUGAGCCAGGAACAUCUGCUUGUGCAAAUGGUAUUUUCAAUUGCUUAAACCACGGACACAUACCUAUCAGCUUGCCUUCAUCUCGUGUCAAUGAUGGAAUAUGUGAUUGCUGCGACUCAAGUGAUGAAUACGACAGUCCUGCUGACUGUUUCAACAAUUGCAAGGAACUGGGGCAAGAAGCUCUCAUUGCUGCAAGAAAGAUACGUGAUAAAUUUUUGAAAGGCCAGGAAAUGAGGAAGGAGUUCAUAAAACUAGGUAAAGAAAAAAAAGACGAAUACAAGGCUGUUCUAGAUGAGUUAUAUAAACAAGAACAAGAGGCCAUCAAAGUGAAAGAAGACAAACAAGAUGAAAAAGAGAAUGCUGAAAUGAAGGAAAAUCUCAUUCUUAGUAAAGAACGGGAAUUUAAGAAAGCCCAACAGAAACGGAUUGCUGCCGAAAAACGAUUGCUGUUUGAACACCAGCAACAGGAAGAAGCUGAAGGGCAGAAAGCUUUUGCUGAAUUAGACAUCAAUAAGGAUGGAAAGUUGACAACUACUGAAGUAAAAUCAUUCAGCCGAUUUGAUUAUGAUGGUGAUAGCAUGGUGUCUGAUAAAGAAGCUCAGUUCUAUAUGCAUAAAAAGGAAGAAAUGACUCUGGAGGAUUUUUUAUCAAAUGGUUGGAAAAUCAUGAAGCCAGCCUUUAUCAUCACUGAGACUGAUGAACAUACAGAUUUUGAUUCUACAAAAAGGGAAAUGGUGACUGAGGAAGGCAAUGAUCUAAAAGAAAAUGCAGAUCAAAUGGAUCCUUUUGUGGUAGAUGAAACAGAAAAGGAAACCAUUCUGAAAGAUGCUGCACUUGCAAGAAAAGAUUAUGCAGAUGCUGACAAAUUACUUCGAGAUAUUCAAUCGGAAAUCUGGCUCUUAAAAAGAAAACUGAAAGCUGAUUUUGGAGAAGAGGAUGAAUUUCUUGUGCUUGAAAAUCAGUGUUUUGAGUUUUCAGAGAAACGUUAUUUGUAUAGAAUGUGCCCAUUUGAUAAAGUGGUACAAGUGACUAAAGUAAAUCGAGAAGAAACUCUUAUUGGUUUAUGGGACAAAUGGAGUGGACCAGAAAAUGAUCAUUAUCAACAGAUGAAAUACUCUCGGGGAGCAUCCUGUUGGAAUGGACCGAACCGUUCUGUUGAUGUGAUUAUAAAAUGUGGUACAGAAAAUAAAAUAACAUCUGUUGUUGAAUCCUCGCCAUGUACUUAUCUCUUUGAGUUUACCACACCAGCCUUAUGUAAAGAACUACCUGAAGACAUACGAGAGAUUUUAAAAAAUGACGCAGCAUUUAUUUGAAGUGUAAUUUUUUGAAAUGCUUUCACAACAUGUGAUUUGUUAUAAAAAUUAUUUAUAAGCAUGCAUAAUUGGUUUGAAUAUUUCUAGAAUCCAGUAACAGUGCUGUCUACCUCAUGUACUGAAUUAUAAUGUGAAUUUACUCUUAUAAGUUUUUAAUAUUUGUCGACUAAUGCAAAUGGUGUUAAUGGUUAAGUUUAUGAAGAGUUUAAUGUCUUUUCUGAAGUUCCAUGCAGAGGUUUUGAAGCUUUAUGAAUUCUGCUUUUUAUUAUUUGUGUAAAGGUAGCUUACCAAGGUCUUCCAUAUGGUUGUAUAAAAUAUCUUUUGCCGGGAUUACAAAAUUAUAGCUUUGGUAUUUGAAAUAUUCCCAUUUGUGUGCUGCUGAAAGAUUGUGACAAACUCUAAGCAGAUUAGCCGAAAUUAAGUUCAUCUCAAUUUUGAAAAUGAAAGAAGGUCAAUUUAUACUAUCCACAGCUAUGCUAAGAGUAUAUAUUGCACUUUACGCAAAUUAAAUCUGUAACAAGGUUUAAAAUGUGUUAUCUAUACAUCUUGCAUUAUAUGCUUAUAUGAUUGAAUUAUUACUUUUUUAUUUAAGUGAUCAUUUUUUAAUGUUUAUUAUUUUUACUGAUCAGAAUUUAAUUAUAAUUGAGCAUUUUGAAGAUAAACAUUAAAAAAUGUAAUAUUACUCUUGAAAUACUUUAUCAUAUAUUUGUUCAGUUUUAAUGUAAUGUAUAUCUAAUAUAUUUAAAAUAGCUUUUAAAUCAUUAUGGGCCACUGCAAUGUCAAGAAUUGUUACUCAUUCCAUUCAUUUGUUAGUUUGGAUGUAUUAUCAUUAUUUAUGAUAUUCUUAGUAAUGCCAAUGAGGAGAAUGCAUGAAAUUAAACUUAUAAUAUGAAUGAAUUAAUAGUGCAUUCAAAACAGUGUCCCAUUACAAAGGUGCUCGCACUUUUACUCAAGUCAGAUACCAUUCAGAAAGCCAAAAUCUUCAUGAGGGUACUUCAUAAAAAUGUGGAUGUCCUUUAUACAAGUCUCUGCUAUACAAGGAAGUUUUAAUUUGAUACUCAAUAUACAAAACUGGUGAAAAUUUGACUAGCAUAAAAGUUCCCAUAUUUUUAUGAAGUAUGCUUUCAUAAAUUAGAAACUAAUCUUCAUAACAGUAUGAACACUUUUAAGAUCUCCUUAUGUGGUCUCUAUCUUUUAACUGUAAAGUCUUAAGACUUGCAUAAGUGCCAGCACUGGGUAUGGUGAGGUAUUUUAUAAAGGUGUACCAUCAGAACUUUCGGGAAGAAUAUAUACAGCAAUACAUUUUGGAAAUACAAGUAGAAUAAAAUAGUGUUGAAAUUUUUCAAGGCCAGAAAAUUAGCAACUUCUAAAGUGAAAGGACAUAUUAAGAAGGAAAGCUCAUUAAAAACAAUGAGAUAGUUAAGAAAUAACUUAAAGCAAAAGUAUCAACUGCUUGUAAAUUUGAACUGUGAUAUAGAACUAAUUUGUUAUAUGAGUCUAUAUUUUCAGUUUUGAUAGAAUGAGCUUACUGCAGAAGAAGUCUACUUAAUGUAAAACAUAAAAACAAAUAUUGGUAAAACUUUACCACAAUGGCUAUAAUUUUCGGGGUUUAAUCGGAAGAUGUUUGAAAAUUAUAGUAGACAUAAGUACUAUAUUUUGCAUGGUUUUUAUUGACAAAUUAAUUUAUAUAAUUAAUAAAUUGCUGACUGAUUAUAUUAUUUAAAAAACAAUAAUAUAUUCUGAAAUUUUUGUUUUCCAGUAAUGUAAACAAAGAAUGUUCACAUUAUCAAUAUACUUUGAUAGCUGAAAUUAGUCAGCAAGAGGUAGAUCAGUAAAUUGAAACUUAAAUUAAUUUAAAAAUAAAUCAAAACAGAAUUUUUGUUUACAUAUCUUUAAAACUUACUAAAAAUAACUAAAAAAUAACUUACUAAAUAUAAUUUAAACUUUAAAACUAACAAGUAAAAUUUCAUGAAAAUAAAAAUUAAUUGGUGCUGAUUUGUGAAUGUACUUAAUGAAAUUUCUUAUGUGAAUUCCACAAUUAUAUGUAAAACAACAUCGUGCUUUUGUAGUAUGUCAUUUUGUAAAGGUUAAGUCUAAAUCAUAAUAACAUCUCUAUUUACCUUUUAACAUAUAAAAAUAUGGUUUAUCAUUUUUCUGAUUUUUUUAUUAUCCGUCAUUAAUACUGUGCUAAAGUAUUAUCUCUGCUAAUUACCUUUCUUCAUAUUAAUUCCUUUACUUUUACAUAAAAAAAGGCCUAACUUAGUAUAAAUAAAAUGUUUUUAGGCAAGGAACUCAUAAACUGAUAGAUGUUUUAUAAAUGUAACAUCUCAUCACCUAUUUCUGUCAUACCAUUUCUGCACUUAAUAACACUAGUUUAUUAAUGUACCAUAUAAAUGAUACAUAAUAUUUAUACAUUUACUUAAAAAAUCAAAAUUUUUUAACAAUCUUUUUUUUAUGUUAAUGAAAAUGUUCCUUUCCCCCUUCCUCUCUUUUCUUAAAUUAGUUGCCUUUGCUGCAAGCAGUACAUCCAUAGUUACUAAAUAUUUAACAUGCGAGUGUAAUAUUUCAAUGCAUUGCAACAGACAUUUACAAUACACUCAUUCUUGCUGCUUAAAUGUAGGAAGCAAGCCUAGUUUAACAAAAUUAAACAAUUUUUAAAAGAUUGGAUUGGAUUGGAUUAUUUAAUUAUGGCAAAGCACACCAGGCCUAUCUGCCUAAAGGGAGGGAUGUCUUUGUAGAGGACUUUCUAAGGAAAA